AUGUCCGGAUCCUGCUGCGGCUCCACCUGCUCCUCCUCGGGCUGUGGAGGAGGUUGCUGCCAGCCCUGUUGUCAGCCCUGCUGCCAGCCCUGCUGCCAGCCUUGCUGCCAGCCCUGCUGCCAACCCUGCUGCCAGUCUUGCUGCCAGCCCUGCUGCUGCCGCGACCCCUGCUGCUGCCGCCCUGUGUCCUGCCAGACCACCGUGUGCCGCCCCGUGACCUGCACCUGCCGCUGCACUCGCCCCAUCUGUGAGCCCUGCCGCCGCCCCGUCUGCUGUGACCCCUGCGGCGUGCAGGAGGGCUGCUGCCGCCCCAUCAGCUGCUGCCCCACGUCCUGCACGGCCGUGGUCUGCCGCCCCUGCUGCUGGGCCUCCACCUGCUGCCAGCCCAUCUCUGUGCAGGCGCCCUGCUGCCGCCCCCCCUGCUGCCAGCCUGCUCCCUGCCGCACCACCUGUAGGACCUCCCCUUGCUGCUGA